GUUGCUGUCGCCGCCCUCGAAACCUCCACCAUGGCUAAGACCACCAUCGUUAAGAAACGCACCAAGCCCUUCAAGCGCCAUCAGUCCGACCGUUACAAGAGCGUGAAGGAGGCAUGGCGAAAACCCAAGGGUAUUGAUAACAGGGUGCGACGACGCUUCAAGGGUCAGCUUUCCAUGCCCAAGAUUGGUUAUGGAAGUAACAAGAAGACCCGCCACCUCCUCCCUAACGGUCUCAAGAAGUUCUUGGUUAGCAAUGUCCGGGAGCUCGAUCUCCUGCUCAUGCAUAAUAAGACCUUUGCCGCGGAGAUUGCGCACAACGUUAGCAGCCGCAACCGUAUCAUCAUUAUUGAGAGGGCAAAGGUCUUGGGCGUUAAGGUUACAAACCCGGCUGCCCGCCUGCGGUCAGAGGAGUAAUUUAUAUGGUCCCCAGUUUUUCCUCUACGCUCUCUUGUUCACCUUAUCCAUGUACCAUCCGCAUAUGCCAAAAAUAAUGGCCAUGCGCUCAUACUUCUGGCUACAUCCGGGGAGUUUAUUGCGAGUCUUGUCACG